UCGGUCACUUCACAUCAGACACCACCUUAUUUCUCCUGAGGGAAUUAGUGGGCAAAUAUAAUUACAAGAAAUGAAGAUUAUCGCGCUUAUGGUUUUAAGUUGCGUGCUUUGGGAGGCGAGAGGGUAUCCUUACUACCCAUACUACGGAAACAUGGAUUCAUUGGCAUACGGCGCAAGUGAUACUAGUCGCGGCGGAAUGGUGGUGAGUCGAUACUACAACCCGUAUUACAAUCCUCAUGGUAUGGGCAUGGCAGCUUUCAUGGUCCGGCAACCGGAAGUAACUGGCAAGCAGCAGAUCCAACCUAGUCAGUAUUAUGUCCCGGACAGACGCAGACAAACACCGCCAGAGGGUUUCUUCCCAUCACCCCAAGUAAACGAAGUCUUUUACCCUCCAACCCCAGGAAAACCAAUCGCAAGCACUGAACAAACCGAAAUCGCAGAGGCCACUGAUAGAACAGAAAUACGAACCACAACAGUCAAAGCAAUUACACCGUCUGUACCAGAAUUGGUCGAACCAGAAGUCGAGGAAGUUGAUCAAGAACAGAAAUCAACAAAAAGGGUACCCAAAAACAAGAAAGUGAAACCCAUUCAAGAUGACGAUGAUGAUGAAACUCCAAAGAUGCCGACUGGUGCCUUCUUUCCCAUGUUUUUCGGGUACGGAAGAAACGGUGGAGGCAGUUCUCCUGGAGGUGCGACCGCUAUAGCUAAUGCCUACAGUACGGGUAGAGGAGGUGUGGCUACCAGUCAUGCGACGGCGUAUGGCAUGCCAACCCCAGAUUUCAAACAUUACCACCAACAAAAGAAUAUGUAAAUAUUUAUAAGUGAGUUUAAAUAAAUAAAUCUGUAUGCAGCUCAUAACAGUCUCCACAGAACAAGCAUUUACAAGAAUUUAAAUACAUAAAGAGUUCAAGAAGGAGUAAUCAAUUGGGACUCCCCAAACCAAAAUUAGUAAUGUACAAAAACAGCCCAUAUUAUCGAGCAAUAAAAAUAUACAAUAAAAUACCGCCUGACGUAGAAAACGAAGUAAAUGAUAACUUCUCCUUUAAAAAUUUAAGGAAUAAAAGCUAUUAUACAAUUGAAGACUACAUAAUUAAUUAAAAAUAUAAAAAUAUUUUAACGAUUACACUCCAAAUGAAGACAGUUAAUGAAACUAUAAAUGACUUAAUAAUUAAUUGAUAAUGAGUUUAUAUGCAUGUAAUUUUUUUCGAAUUUCGAAAAAACCU